AUGUCGACCAGCCUACUAUCUGCGCACCGGUCAGGUCCUCCGGGUCAUCCGGCACCCGACGCCAACUACGUCGACGCCGACACCCUCCGAACGACCUUUGCGCUCGCCAUGUCCGCCAUGUACAAGGCCGAGGUGCCCCUCUACGGCGACCUCAUCCAAAUCGUCCAAACCGUCAACAAAGACGCCCAAACGAAAAAGUGCCACGGAAUGGGUCACAGCUUAGGCUCCGCAACAAUGGAAGCCAGUAUCGAGCGCCUAACCCUCGAACGGCACGGCGCAAUCCGCCUCGGCACCCCGCAAGAACUCCACACCGUCCGCCGCAUCUUCGCCCUCCUCGGCAUGCACCCCGUCGGCUACUACGAUCUCUCCGUCGCGGACCUGCCCAUGCACGCGACCUGCUUCCGCCCGACGUCGCCGCAGUCCCUGGAACGCAACCCCUUUCGCGUCUUCACCACGCUCCUCCGGCCCGAGCUGCUCAAGUCUGGGACGGCGCGGGCCGUCGCCCUGGAGCUCCUCUCCAAACGCAACAUCUUUAGCGACGCCCUCUUUGAGCUCUUGAGCACGGCCGAGGAGUGCCAGGAUAGUCGUCUGACGCCGGAGCAAGGGGAGCGUUUUGUGGUGGAGGCGAUUCGCACGUUUAGCUGGCAGCCCCUAGCGGCGGCUACGCACCAAGAGUAUGUCCUCUUGCGGAGCGAACAUCCCAUCUUGGCGGAUAUCGCGUGUUUCCGCUCGUCGCACAUUAAUCACCUCACACCGAGGGCCCUGGAUAUCAAUGCGGCGCAGGAGGCCAUGCUUGCCGCGGGCAUGGCGGUCAAGAGCCGCAUCGAGGGCCCACCGGUGCGCAAGUGCCCGAUCUUGUUACGCCAAACAAGCUUUCUUGCGCUGCAGGAGGGUAUUCGCUUUGCUAUUUCGGGGAGAGAUGAGUUUGUAGAUGGUUUCCAUAAGGCUCGGUUUGGUGAGAUUGAGGAGAGGGGCGCUGCCGUUACGCCUGCAGGAAGAAAGCUGUACGAUGAGCUGUUGGAGGAAGCCAUGGCAACAGUACAAGAAAAGGGAGUCUUUGCUGAAGCGAAGGUGGUAGACGAGACAUUUGCAAAGGUCUUUGAAAAGUUUCCCGAUGACUGGGACGAGCUGCGACGUCAGGGCCUCGUUUACUCGGACUAUCGAUGCGCAGGCAAUGCCAAACAGAAGCUGCACAGCUUAGCAAGUCUCGAUACAGCGAAUCCCGCUUCUCUCUUGGAUCGGCUUGUCUCAGAGGGUGUACUCAAAGCGGUGCCAAUUACGUACGAAGACUUUUUGCCCUUUUCGGCUGCUGGGAUCUUCCAGUCGAACAUCCAGUCCGGCUCAAGCAAACCUACGAUGGACCACGAGGAGUCGACGCGACCGGAUGUGGAAGGAUACGAGAAGGCUUUGGCGAGAGAAAUUCUUGAUGCAAACGAUUUAUAUGCGCAAGCCCAGAUGAAGAGUUUGCAGACCUGCGCGGAGGAGCUUGGUUUGAAUGACCAUCUUUGUCGCAAGCUUGUCAGCUCCGUUUUGUUUAUCUGGCGUAUCACUAAGUACUAG